UACCUGCAGAGGAAAGAGGGAGGGUUGGGCAUGUUAUGUCCAGUGGCUUUCUUUGGAUCCAUUUUCUUGAAGUUUAACUUUGGGAGCCUGGGCCAAAGAACUGAUUCCCUGUGGGAAUGUUGCAUCAAGAAUUGGGCAUUGCCUCUGGUAGGAGAUUGGCUGCUUGGCGAUAGUGUGAAGCAGGUCCGAGUGCGCGGGAAUUGUCUCCCACUGCAUAUUCGACUCGGGCUAAAACUUUUGAGAAAGUGGGACAUUAGAAUUGGGGAACUGAGUUCUGUUACAAGGAGACAAAUUUAUCAGAGGAUCCUAUUGAGCUACUUUGUUGUCCCCAUGGCCUUGAAGGACUGUGUGGGGGAUGUCCUUUCUCAGAGCCUGCGGUGGCUCAAUGACAGAAGGGUGCCCCCAAAUUAUUUUGAUCUGAACUGGCUGGCUCUUCAGGGAAGACUUUUUGUCCGAGGCAAUGUGAGCUUUUUGAACAUCACAGAGAGGGAGUGCCCAUGGGGCUGUUCCACUAAUGAGACCCUAGAACAUUUUCUUGUGGAUUGUCCUGUGACAAAAGUUUUAAAACAUCGGCUGGCAGAGGCUCUCAACGUGCCCCACAUCAAACACUUGUCCUAUGCUGAUACGGCCUAUGGUGUUUUGUCUGUCCCACAUCCCCUGGAUAUAGGGACAGUGUAUCUAAUAAUAUCGGUGAUGAGGUACCACCUAUGGCAGAUCCGCUGCAGAAGGUCCAUUAGCCAUGAGAAUGUUGUUAUAGACCAAAUAGUGAAGUCUGUGGUGGCUGAUUUGGGUUUCCUGAGGGAAAGAGAGGUUAAGCAAAGCUGUCUGAAUGCAUCCAAAUGGAGAGGUGUGAAACUGUGACGUAUACUGAUGUAUUUAUGAUACUAAUGCCUGUGAUGUCUGACAUGUUUCUCUUUCAAACAGACAACGUGAUAACACCAGCUCAUGCUUUUCAGUGGAAAAGUUCUGCAAGCUCUUUGGCUCAGCAAUAUAUAUGUCCUGAGUUGGGGGGUGUAUGUGGGAAGGAUGGUGUGAUGGCCCACUAAUAGAAAGACAAACUUUGGACUUUGUGGCCGGGUUUGUGGUGGUGAAGGUGGUGGUUGGGGAGGGAGGAAAACCUUUUUCAUGGACAAAGGGAAAGACUUUGCCAAGUUUGUUUUGGGAAUUAUGGACAGAGGAAGGACUCCAAGAGGGUUUGGUGGUGGGAGAUACUGCUGAGCCAAGCCAAAGUUUCAUGGACUAUAUUUUGCUUAUUUGGUGGUAAAUAGUUUAAAAUCAGUUUUGAUUUAGCUGAGCUGAUGAUUAUUGUAAAUUGAUAAGUUUUUACAAAAUAAAAAAAUUCCUAUCUGAUCCCCAUUGUAAGCAGCAGUCCUGUCCUGCUUUAUGGCAGAUGAGAGGAUAAACCCCUGGUUUAUGACUGAUAUUCUAUCUCAAUAACUUAUAUUUUCCACCACUUGUAUUUCUGUUAUAGUUUCAGAAAUAAAAAGAAAAAAAAUGUAAAAACGGCUAUAUCCUAUGAAAUGAUUCAACUAUAAUAACUGUUGUGUUACAUGGUAUAUGCCAACUGCUAAUUAUAGUUAAAAUCAAAAAUAUAUAUAUAUUGCUCACUAUCUCAACCGAAAUUACGUUUUGGUUGAAGUUCACCCUCAUAAAGCCAACUAUAUAUCAUGACACCCUGAUAGGUUGUUAAAAUAUACUGUUUGCAAAUGUAGUUUCACAUGCUCAAAUUCCCCAUAAUGUUUUGAAAUAUUUUAGCUGUAUAUGUUAUGAGCAGAGGAGUAAAAUAGGGAACUAAGAGUGCCUUCAAGUCAGCCCUAUCUCCCAGGCAGAUAACAACUCAGCCACACCCUCCUCCUAGGCUAAACACACCUCCCCCAGCUGAUUGGUCAGUACACUCUAGCAUUACUUUCAAUGAAGCUGCCACAUAUGGAGUGUGUGAUGUCAUCUGCUCCUCCCUUUGGUGCUGUGCUGUGUGAUCUGCUCCUCCUGUAUCAUGGCUGCUGAAGUCUGGAGGGAAAGUGAUUUAAAAAGAGAGAAGAUUCCUGCUGAGAAGCAGAAUUUCACUGAGAAGUUUUAUGUAGGAGACUGCACAGAACAGGUGGUAAUGUGGGUGCACGGAUUUGUGAUUAUUGGUGAAGCAUGGCACCAGUGAAAAGAAAAUAUGCCACUAGGAAGGCU